AUGGGGCACCGCCAGGGACAGGUAGCCCGGGUUGGCCCAGCGCGCUGCGAGCGGCAGGACCCCCUCGCCGGGCCUGGGUCCUCGCGGGGCGCCCACUCCCGCAACUACUGCCUGUGCCCCAAGACCUGCCCGGCGCAGGGUGCACUUCGCAGAGCCCGGGCGGACCGCGACGGGGACGAACUCCCAGACCUCGGCUCUGGCUUCGAGGGUGUUGUCGACAACGAAAUACGGGGGAAAAACACCGGAAACCAAGCCUGGGAUCCGGCCGCGCUCGCCUACCCGGACACGAGCCGGCGCGCGCGGCCCCGGUGGCCGAGCCAGCUGGUGCGAGGCGCGCGGGCAGCCGAGCGCACUGCUGGACAGGGCCUGUCCGGGGCUCGGGUCGCGCAGACCCCUGGUCGCGCGCGCGCCAGCGUCGAGGGCACCUUGAGCCCGCCGGCCAGAGGUCCGAGACGCCUGCAGGCUUCCUCUGCGGACACUGCAGUCGUCCUCCCGGCCCGGUCCACGUCCUGGCGGGGCAGCCACUCUUACGGCGUUCCUGAGGAAAAAGCCUCCAAAGCCGUCAGCUUUCCUCAGCUGCCCCUGGACUGCCCAGGGGGCCCCGGGGACGGGCCCUCCAACUUGCAAGGCUCCCCAGGCCCUUGCCUAGCCAACCUGCGCGUCCCGCUGUCUCCCGGGCUCCCGGAGUCCAUGGACUUGGCCAAGAACAAGAACAAGAAGCGCCGGAACCGCACGACGUUCAGCACGUUCCAGCUGGAGGAGCUGGAGAAGGUCUUCCAGAAAACCCACUACCCGGACGUGUACGCCCGAGAGCAGCUGGCUCUGCGCACGGACCUCACCGAGGCCCGGGUGCAGGUCUGGUUCCAGAACCGCAGAGCCAAGUGGCGGAAGCGUGAACGUUAUGGGAAGAUCCAAGAGGGACGGAACCCCUUCACGGCUGCCUACGACAUCUCAGUGCUGCCCCGCACCAACAGCCACCCCCAGCUGCAGAACUCCUUGUGGUCCAGCCCAGGGUCAGGGAGCCCCGGGGGGCCCUGCCUGGUAUCCCCAGAGGGCCUCCCGUCCCCCUGCAUGUCUCCAUAUUCCCACUCCCACGGGAACGUUGCUGGCUUCAUGGGGGUGCCGGCCUCCCCCGGAGCCCACCCUGGCAUCUACUCCAUCCAUGGCUUCUCCCCGACCCUGGGGGGCCACAGCUUCGAGCCUUCCCCGGACGGCAACUACAAGUCUCCCGGCCUUGUGUCACUCAGGGUGAGGCCCAAGGAGCCACCCAGCUUGCUCAACUGGACCACGUGA